UAUGUUAAAUUUCAGGGAUGGAUCCCUUCUCCAUUAUUUCCGAUAUACAUCAGCAAUAUUCAUAAAGCCAAGCACGGUAGUGAUUCUGGAACAUACGACACAGAGGGAAGGUUCAUGCCGGUAAAUUUCGAAAACAUGUUCAGCAAGUAUGCUCAAUCAGUGCCUGACAAGUUCACUCUCAAAGAGCUCUGGAAAAUGACGGAGGGAAAUCGUGUUCCAUUCGAUUUCUUUGGCUGGUUUGCGGCGAAGCUGGAAUGGGGACUUGUGUAUGUUGUCGCAAGGGACCGACAAGGUUUUGUGUCUAAAGAAGCCAUCCGACGAGUUUUUGAUGGAAGUUUGUUUGAGUAUUUGGCGAAGAACAAGCAUUCAUAUCCGGAGUAAAGGCAAUGCUCACUUUUUC